CACAAAUGCAAAAUGUGUAAGCGCGAUCGAUUUGCAAAUUUGAUUGGCCACGGAGAGCCAAUAAAUUUCAAGUAAUAUGAAAUGCGAGGAGAGGAGCGGCUAACCGUUCCAUCCCUUUUCCAUUCACUCUCAAGUACCUCUUCAUGACCAAGACCUUACCGACGCAAGAUUCAGUAGAAGCUAAACGAUGGCUCAUCAUUGGUGCUUAUCAAGCAGGUGCUUCUGAAAAGCAUGUUGCACGCAUCGCAGGAAUUUCACGCACAGCCGUCCGUCACAUUAUCUUGAACUACCAACGUACAGGUUCACCGUCAUUACCAAAGCAAGAACCUCUCAAAGCCAAGUUAAAGCCGGUGGUGGAGUAUGACGAAAACGGCAACUUGAUUGAGAGUGACGAUGAGGAUAGCGAACAGGACCAUGGAUCGUCUGCAUGGAUCGACCGUUCACCCAAGGAAAUCCAAAAAUCACCGAUCCACAAAAGCCCCAAGCUCAACAAGACACUUACCACCAAGCAACUUCUGGCUUACGUAUCCGAGCAAAUGCAAACAACCAAACAACAGUCCGCUGAGGCCUCCACUUCCGAGUCUUGGCGACCUCUCACCCCUCCCAGAGACAGUCGUGGAUCCAUCUCGUCAGAUAAAUCGCCGCCGCAACUACCGUCUUCUGCGAUUUCCCUACCGCCUUCACCACCAUUGAACAGCGUUGACAAAUCCGUUCCCAAAGCGCCCCCUUCCAUCAGUAAAUUCGAUCAGACCAUCAAAGGGUACGAAAUAUGGACCCACGAAGAUGAUAUGGUCCUGGUUGAUCAUGUGCUUACCCGGCUACAAGGCGGACGCUGGCGUGAACUCGAAGCCAAGUUAGGUGGUCGCCACAACGCUCGUUUGUGCCGUGAAAGAUGGCAAUUUCUGCGGAAAUUGCUGCUGAAAGGUAUCAACAACAAACCAGAAGUUCCAUCCGCAUGGACUGCGAAGAAGAAUAACGCCUAGGAUUCUCAAUGUCUUGAUGUAUCCCAGCGUCUCUUCCAUUCUACCCUAUGCUCGUGGUUAUUUUUUUUUCUCACCUCAUCCCUUAUCCAACCCUUCUUUCUUUUCUUCUUCUGGCUUAGCCAUGCAGUUGCUAAAAGAAUGCAUGUCCGUUAAGUAUGCUAUCUCACCGACUACUCCGACCUAUUCCUGUCUCGCUUUAUAAUAAAAUAGCCAAGUCAAGUCUUCUAAUUCUGCAGCGUGUAUCAACGACAUUUUGGUAAAGAUAGAGUCCUGGUGUAUCACCAUGGUUAACCGGAUAAUAGGAAAGUGUGACAAAAUU